AUGUUUGUCAGGUUCCCGACACCAGGCCUUUCGGAUCUCACAAUUGCGAAUCGAGUGGAAAAGAUACGAUCUAUUACUGAAGGCUGUCACUGGAAACAUAUAGCCUCCCAUUCCAAUCCUGCAGAUGUAGUUUCUCGGGGUUUAAAACCGCAGGAUCUACUAUCCAUGGAAUUAUGGUGGAGCGGGCCGCAAUCUCAACUAGCAUCAUCCGUUGAACAUCAGGAUGAAUAUGCCAUCGACACUUCCUCAGAUGAACAAUAUCUAUCUGAGCUUAAAAACCAAUCGGACGUUAAUUUAAUGUCAGUGUCAAGCUCUGACCUUGACAAUACCUUGUUUGAACUUAAUAAUAAUUAUAUGAAAUUAAUUCGCAUACUCAGUUAUAUUUUCCGGUUUCUACAUAACAUAAGGCAUGUAACUCGUCGAUCUGGACCUUUAUCAAGGGAAGAACUCCAGGAGUCCAAAAUUUAUUUGAUCGGCAAGGUACAAGGAAUUGCCUUUGCCGAAGAAAUAAAAACACUGCAAAUGAGAAGGAAUCUAACGAAGGGUCAGUUAAGCAGAUUGCAUCCCUUUCUAGAUAAACAAGGCCUAAUGAGAGUCGGCGGUAGAUUGAGCAAUUCAAAUUUACCAUUUGACAAAAAGUUUCCAAUUCUGCUACCUAAAAAUCACAAGUUAACCUACUUAAUUAUGAGAUAUUAUCAUUUGAAAAAUUUGCAUGUUGGUGCGCAAACUUUACUUUAUCUCGUCAGACAAGAAUUCUGGCCUUUAAGUGGAAGAAACCUGGCUAGAAGGGUAGUACAUGAAUGCAUCGUUUGCUUUAGAAAUAAACCCAAAGGCAUGGAACAAAUCCUAGGAAAUCUUCCUUCAGAGCGAAUCACUCCAAAUCCCCCUUUCAAACAUGUAGGGAUUGAUUUUUGUGGUCCUUUUCUUAUUAAAUAUAAAGGACAAAGAAAGGGCAUCUAUCACAAGUGCUACGUCGCAAUCUUCGUUUGCCUUGUGACUAGGGCAAUUCACCUUGAAGUAGUUACUGACUUAACAACCGAGGCAAUGAUAGCAACUUUGAAAAGAUUUUUUAGCAGACGGGGUAAAAGUGCAUCAAUUUGGACAGAUAAUGCCACAAAUUUUGUAGGUGCCAGUGCUGAGUUGAAACGCCUACAUAACUACGUAAGAGCACCUCCUGACAGUUUAGCUGACUAUCUCACCAGCGAGGAGGUCACUUGGAAGUUUAUACCACCUAGAUCACCAAAUUUCGGUGGCCUUUGGGAAGCAGGAGUCAAGUCCUUUAAACAUCACCUAAAGAGAACCGUAGGUAACUCGCAUCUAACUAUAGAACAGUUUAUAACCAUCACCACACAGAUAGAAGGAGUUUUGAAUAGCCGACCGCUCACUCCUAUGUCCACUGAUCCAAACGACUUCCAAGUUCUAACUCCAGGACACUUUCUUAUCGGAAGACCUCUGAUUAGCCUACCUGAAUCAGAUCUCACUGGUAAACCAGAUAAUUAUUUGUCUCAAUGGCAAAUGUUAACUAAAUUUGUUCAAGUUAUUUGGCGUAAGUGGAAAUUGGACUACUUAAACAACUUACAGGCCCGACAUAAGUGGCAAUUUGAGAAAGACAAUAUAACACCAAACUCAAUGGUCCUCUUAAAGGAUGAAAAUCUCCCACCCGGUAGUUGGUCGAUGGGCCGAGUACAAGAAGUAAUCAAGGGAUCUGACGGAAAGGUGAGAGUGGUUCUGGUGAAAACGCCUAAGGGUGUUUUUAAGAGAAGCAUAACCAAACUGUGCCUGUUACCAUCCAUCUAGGAAGAAAAUGUGGUUCGUCUUGGUGACCUAUAUGUGCCAUUUCUGUUGUAAUUAAAUUUAAAUUUAUGUUUAAUAUUGUUUAUUGAAGUAUUACUUCAACGCGGGCCGGGAUGUUAGCGCCUCAAGCGCCACCGUAUUUUUGUCAUAAAAAAAAAAUUAUUUAAAAAAUUUGUGAACGAGAGUAGUUCUGUAACGGUCAUUUGUAGCAGCCAUUUUGUACCAGUGUUUCAUUCCGCAUUAAACGUUAUUUUUUGCAAAACCGCAGUACUUUCAUAUUUUUACAGUCCAUUAAAGAUCGACAAACAUAUAGAGAGACCA